GGAUGGUUUCUGGUUAUGUUGUCCCAGGAAUGAUCUCAUGACGGAGGGCACAUUUGCACUUGCUGAGCUUCAUGAGGAGCAGAAGACGGGCUACUGCCUAUGAUGAUGAUGAUGACUUCUGCCUUUUUUUUUAAGUGGUCUAGACCUGGUAAACUCAGUCCUCAAAGCUAUGUGACUAUUGAAUGGAGGAUUCCAGAAUCGGCAGUUCCCAGUGUUUAUUUUAGGAUAGGACAUUUUGGUGCUUCAAAAUCACUUUUAGGAUCCGUUCAACAUUUAACAGGUGCAUCCAGCGGCUUUGUUGUGGUAUAGGAGGCUGAAGUUCUGGUUAUUUCUCCACGCAAUCCUGUCUUUGGUAGAGUUGAAGUUUUCAACAUCACAUGUGAGAGACAUCGAAGACGCUGAGCAACAAAGAAGAACGCCAGUAUUGUGAUCCAACAAAUACGGCAGCUAAUAUCAGUGGUAGCUAAACUACUUUUGGUCUUUGUGUUUGGAGCAUUACUUAGCUAAAGAGUACAGAUAAUUGCAACUUGAUGUUACAAAGAUGGAACUGUGACUGAACUCCACUACCCUCUGUGGGAGUUGGCCGCAUGAUCAGUGAGAACCAGCAUCUCAUUCCCACGUCCAUCAUUUCAUGACCCACUGGCACAAUGGCAUCGCAUCUUCCAGACAUGGUGGCUGAUAGCAAGGCUGGUUCCGAUAUCUCCCUGGCUGGUACCUUCGCCGCCAGCGCUUUCGCUGCUUGUUUCGCCGAGAUUUGCACUAUUCCUUUGGACACUGCAAAAGUUAGGCUUCAGCUUCAAAAGAAAGCUGUGGAUGGAGCAGCAUUACCGAAGUACAGGGGUAUGUUGGGCACAGUUGCUACCAUUGCUAGGGAAGAAGGUUUGUCAGCACUCUGGAAGGGCAUUGUACCAGGAUUACAUCGGCAAUGCCUGUAUGGGGGUUUAAGAAUUGGGCUGUAUGAGCCUGUUAAGACCAUGUAUGUGGGAAAAGACUUUGUUGGAGAUGUUCCUUUGUCCAAGAAGAUUCUUGCUGCAUUUACAACUGGUGCUAUCGGAAUAACAAUAGCAAAUCCAACUGAUCUGGUUAAAGUUAGACUUCAAGCUGAAGGAAAACUACCACCUGGUGUGCCAAGGCGCUAUACUGGUGCAUUAAAUGCAUAUUCCACAAUCGUGAGACAGGAAGGAGUUGGUGCUCUAUGGACUGGACUCGGACCCAAUAUAGCAAGGAAUGGCAUUAUAAAUGCUGCUGAAUUAGCUAGCUAUGAUCAAGUGAAGCAGACAAUCUUGAAAAUUCCAGGAUUCACAGAUAAUGUUGUCACUCAUCUUUUUGCUGGUCUGGGGGCAGGCUUUUUCGCUGUCUGUGUUGGCUCACCAGUCGAUGUGGUUAAGUCAAGGAUGAUGGGGGAUUCUGCUUACAAAAGCACGCUUGAUUGUUUCAUAAAAACUCUGAAGAACGAUGGGCCUUUAGCUUUUUAUAAGGGUUUUCUCCCAAAUUUCGGAAGGCUUGGAUCUUGGAACGUUAUCAUGUUUCUGACCUUAGAGCAGGCAAAGAAAUUUGUUAGAAACAUGGAGUCGUCCAGAUGACCGUCAAGCUCGCAGUGAAAAUAGUGCAGAUCGUCGGAGAAUAAUAAAGCCUUUUGUCAUAUUCAUUGUUUUGGCUAUUGAGAUGAGAGGAAUCUCGCAAGCAAACAUUUAUAAACAGAGCUUAGAAACUGAGGAGCAUUAAAACAUUUGUAAUUUCUCUUUUCCAAUUUUGGGACUAUUCGCUAUUGACCAUUUGAUUGAUAGAUCUUAAAUUGCCUAAUUUUCUAGAUUGGUAAAUGUUUUGUCCCCCAA